CACGACCCUCUCCUUCUCUAUCUUCCUCCUUGUGUGGCUCUCGACUUGUUUCUUCACCAUUUCCAAGAGCGAGAGAAGCAAAAAAAUAAUAAAAAUAAUAAAAAUAACCGGCUGGAGAGAGUGCGUGUGUUGGAGAGAGACUGUGACUGACUGUCGUGCCGCCCGCACCGAUUAUUUAUCCGCCUUCAUUUUCAUUGUGUUUAUGGAUUGAUUCUUUUUUACUUUUUUUAUCAUCUCUCUCUGAUGGAAUCCCACAGAGAGAAGAAAUUCCAGAAGGAAAAGGCACUAUUUGUUGUUGGGGUUGGGAAUUUUUUAGUGAAAAUAUCGCAAUUUACUCUGGCGGACCUUCGAGGAACCAUAGCGUUCGUAAUCUCUUUGAUAUCUUCUAAUCGUUUUGAUUUCAAAUUAAGGAAAAGAAAGCGAAAACGGAGAUUCAUUUACAGAGGAAAAAUGCUGUGGAUUGCGAGACUGUCUGGGUUUUUCUCUGCAGCGAUGGUGAUGAUUAUACUCUUCCCUUAUCUACAGUCAUUCCCUCCGGCGGAAGCGAUUAAAUACUCUCAAACCGAUUCUCAUAUCCGAUUAAACCCUCCUAUUGAAUCCACAGGCUCUUUGAACAGAUUCUCUUUCAGAAAAGCCGAUGCAUUCCACAAUGCCGAUGAAUGCCGCUCAUUAACAUUGGGAAAAUCUGGCUCGUGCCAUCCUUAUCUGGUCCAUGUCGCGAUUACUCUUGAUGUUGAAUAUUUACGCGGUUCAAUUGCUGCCGUUCAUUCGAUUCUUCAGCAUUCUAAGUGCCCGGAGAGUGUGUUCUUCCAUUUCCUAGUUUCGGAGCCGGGUCUGCAAAACCUAGUCGGAUCCACUUUCCCAGAAUUGAAGUUUAAAGUGUAUUUCUUCGAUCCGGAACGGGUCCGGAGCCUGAUCUCAACUUCCGUGAGGCAAGCACUCGAACAACCUCUUAACUAUGCUAGAAAUUACUUAGCAGACCUUUUAGAGCCAUGCGUCAGAAGGGUGAUUUACUUGGAUUCGGAUCUAGUUGUGGUUGAUGAUAUUUCGAAGCUUUGGAAUACAAGCUUGGGGGACAAGACCAUUGGAGCACCCGAAUAUUGUCACGCAAAUUUCACCAAAUACUUCACCGAGUAUUUCUGGUCGGAUCGGAGAUUUCCCGGCGUGUUUUCCGGCAGGAAACCUUGCUAUUUCAACACCGGAGUGAUGGUAAUAGACCUGGUCAAGUGGCGGCGGUUCGGGUACACGCGGCGAAUUGAGCGAUGGAUGGAGAUACAGAAGACUAGUCCUCGCCGGAUCUAUGAGCUCGGCUCGCUGCCGCCGUUUCUUCUGGUGUUCGCCGGACUUGUGGCGCCGAUCGAACACCGGUGGAAUCAGCAUGGCUUGGGAGGCGAUAAUGUGAAGGGAAGCUGCCGGGACCUCCACCAUGGUCCAGUUAGCCUCCUUCACUGGAGCGGCAGCGGCAAGCCGUGGCUUCGGCUCGACUCCAAGCAGCCGUGUCCACUCGACGCGUCGUGGGCCCCUUAUGAUUUGUACGAAAACCUGUAAACUCAACUCCGAUAACACUCCGCGGAUGAAGAUAGCUUAGGUAAGAAAGAAGACAGAUGUUAGAUGGAUGGGUAUUACUAGAGUGCAUGCUGUCCAAGUGCUGCCGUGGCUGGUCCAAUGUCAAUUAAAAAGAAAAAAAAAAUUGGGAUAAUUGUGAAUUGCAAGGUGUUAGUUUUUGUUUUGUCUUUUGGCACGUCUAGAAUUUUGAUAAAACUUAUGCGGUGCGGGUGCCGGCUGGUGGAAUAUUCUGAUGUUGGAUACCAAAAAGUCCACGGGCUCAAUUUGGAAAUUAUGAUGUGGAGAAAGGAGGACGUCGGGAGGAGGUGGCACCACCUCGGUGACUCGUUCGUGAUCUAGAUAAUCGACCACAAGGGAAAACCCUUUUGACUUUAUUUUAGUCUUGACAUGGGAGAGAAGAAUAAUGUUAUUUAUAAUUAA